AUGGGGUUCAGUCUCGGUGGGUUCGGAGGAGUAGUUCGGUUUGGUCGUGGGUGCUGGUGGUGGCUCGGUCGUGAAGUCUUCGGCUUUGCGGGGUUUGUGCUAUCCUCCUUCGCCUUAUCUGAUUUGGGCUCUUGCUCAAUCUUCUGUUCCUGCUUGUUAGUGGCUCGCCUUUGGUCGGGUUCUUUGGCUUGUGGGGCGGUUUGGUCUAGAGACGGUUUGAAGAUUGAUGGAGGGGGGAGGCUCACAGUGAAGGUUGAGGCGUAUCUAAAGCGGUGGUGCGCUAGCCUUUGGUCUCGUGAGAUAUGA